GGGAAAAGAGACAGUCCCAGCAUUCUGUCUCUGCACUCCGCCAGCGGGCUGAUCACUGUCUGCUGCUCCGCACUAAACUCCUGGAAAAUAUCCUGCGGAGCCACGUAAACGCCGUUUGCUUCAUUAUAUAACCAGCGAGAGACCAAACUGCAGCAGAGUAUCCAGUGCUGGUCCGAGAGAUGUCCUGCGUGCAGAAUAUGAGCACCUCACCUCCCCACAGAGCCCUGUAACCAAUGGCAACCUCAGUUCAGACUCUUCCUCUGACCCGUGGCCCCAACAAAAACUUCCGUAACCCGUUGCCCCUCUCGGCCCGUUGCGGCAUGGGAAGUGUAGGCAGUCUGGUGGAGAGGCCAGAUGUGUCCCCGACUAAAGGCAGCCGCGCAGUGCCCCAGGUGAGACCCAAACAGACCAAUGGCCUCCUGAAGAAAGGCUUUACCCAAAGAGAAUUACUCAACUACCUCAACAUAACCAGAAAAGAGCCUAAAGCAAGCGCGAGCAGUGACGGUAAGAAGGACGUUAUCCCUUGCCUCAGCCCUACCAGUGGUCGUGAGGAGGACAACUUAUACGCCAAAGUCUACCAUAAAGACGGCACCGAAGUAGAUUUGACAAAGAACUCACUUCCAAGUGGGGGCAAGUAUGAAAAGGCUCGUUUAAGGUCUGCCUUUAAGCCUGUCACCCCCAAAAAUUUCAGCUCAAUGCAAAACCUCUAUCCGUCAUCCAAAUCGGAGGAUGUGGACCACGGCCUUUCCAAUGGGCUGCACAGAGCCUAUGCCCAUGUCCCUAAGGCUGUCUCCACCUCGUCCUCAUCUUCGUCACCCUCCCGUCAUGACAGACCCACAUCAAGUGGAAACAAGGCGCUUUCCUCGGUGCGUGGGAUGAGCCAGGAGGAUGAUAACCUGUCAGACUCGGGCCAUAACUCCAUGAGCAGCCUGCCGCCAUACCGGCCUCCGUUCCGCCCACACCUGUCUCACAUCAGUGCAUCAAUGGGCCACAUCAACACCAUUGGCUCCCUGGACCGCACCCCUCUGAGCCCAAAGGCUAUAGGGUCAGGGGGCGUGGCCAUGGGGGAGAUGGCUUGUCGGAGCAUGGCAACCCUGAGCCGUCUGACUCCAUAUGGAGGGGAGGCUCCACCUCCUUAUGAAUGGACACUGUCCCUGUCUGUUGAGGAAGUGGUCCGGGAUCUGGAGGAGCGUCUGGUGGAGAAAGAACACGAGCUGAAACAGAUGAAGAGAAACCUGGAUGAAAGCGAGGGCGCCAUCGCUCAGGUGUUUGAAGGAAAACAGCGUCUGUGGGAGAAGGAGGUUGAAGAGCUGAAACGCCUGUAUGCCACUAAGCUGCGUCAGGUUUCCCAGCAUGCCCAGCGGUCCCAGCGCAGCCUGCAGUUGCAGCUGUUCAAGGUGCAGCAGGAGAAGAACAAACUGCAAGAGGAGCUUGAUAACCUGAAUAAGGAAAGGAGCCAGGAGGGCGAAGUCAUGACAAAGCGGACUAGUCCGACCCUGGAGGAGACGCAGUGGGAGGUUUGCCAGAAGUCAGGAGAGAUCUCCUUGUUGAAGCAGCAGCUGAGGGACUCCCAGGCGGAGGUGACCCAGAAGCUGAGUGAGAUCUUCCAGCUGAAGACACAGCUCAGGGAGACACGCACAGAUCUGCGCAACAGGGAGAGCCAGAUAGACGCACUGAAGCUCGUCCUGCAGGGGACACAGCGUCGCAGAUGUCCCUCUCAGACUGCUAACGAAGACGGAAAAGGAGGUGAAGAGAGUGCUUCAGCUGGGGCAACAGGAGGGUGCGGGGGCCCUACAGAGGAGCGUCUACGAGCAGAGCUCCUGCUGGAGCGACGCCAGUGCGAGGCCCAGGCCAUGGCUUUUGAGGAGGAGAGGCAGACGUGGCAGACAGAAAAGGACAAGGUCAUCCGCUACCAGAAGGAGCUGCAGGCCAGCUACUUAGAGAUGUACCACCGCAAUGAAGCGCUGGAGAGGGAACUGUACCAGCUGAGGCUAGGCAGAGAGCGAGGAGGAGGGGAAGGAGGGGGAGGAGGAGGAGGAGGAGGGAGCAGAAAUGGGACAUUGGAAAGAGAAGUGCCAGAGCUGAGGAGUGAGAGAACGGCUGAAAAACAAGAGGAGAGACCUUCCUCUGGUUUGCCGUGGAUAGAGAGGAUUGAAUCAUCUGAAAUUUAAAUGUGAUGGACGUACUGCUAUUUGCAAUGCAAACUGUUUUCUCCCUGAAGUAUUGCUUCUAUGGAGGCCCACGGCCGGCAGGAAAAUAGAAAACAAAAAUAGACAAAAUAAGUCCAAAUUCUGGGAUAAGUAAAAAAAAAAAAAAUCCUGAGACAUCAUUUUAUGAGCCAAGUUUUGACCUGUCAACAUGAGGAGUUAUUACCAAAUUAUUAAUCAUGAAUAAAUAAUUUAAUUUACUUAAUCAAAAUGCUUCAUUUAACAAAUUUCUGAAACAAAAUUAUGUGAUCAUAAAAAUAUUCAUCUAAAAUGUAAAAAUGAUCAGAUAGUAAGUCAAAAUGUGGACUUUCUAAAGGUUUGUUUCAAGGUAUUGGACGCCCUACAGCACAAAGCUUGUUCUUUCCCAGUGUAGUGGCUACUCCUUUCCAGUUAUUUAAGGGUAUUUGACUUUCCCUGUGGUCACUCAAUGAAGAGUCUAAGUGUUGACUGAGCACCGCAACAACUUUCAGAGCCUUCAAAGUGGACGCAAAAGACGUGACAUCAUUUUUUGCGCGUGAAUUGUUCCACGGAAACGACAGCAAGCAUAGCUCGUGUCAGAAUUAUGAGACAUUAAGUCAAAACUGAGAUUGUACCAUUUUAAAUUUUCAUUAACUUAUAACUUUGACUUUGAUGAGUAUUUUUACUUUUUGUCAUGCAAAACUUUUAAUCAAUUUCUAUUUCCUGACUUCUCAUGGGCUUCCAUAGCUCCCUGUCCAUUUGCCAUUCUCUGCCCAUAAACCCUUGUUAAUUGUUUGAUGCCCUGAUCCUGCAAAGACUGGACCCAUAAUCUCUUACAGAACACACUAAUACUGAGGGUUGCUGCACAGAAACACUGUCUAUGCCUCAUCUGUACUCUGGCAAAAGAGUUGUGUUAACUCUUGUGUUGUCAGGUAGAGUCAUUGAGGGGAGAUGCACUCCCUCCUGUUGGGUGCAGCAAGGACUACAAACUAUUAUGGCAUCCACUAUAAGACUACAAGACCCACAAUGAGCCAGAAGGCAGUUAGCCAGGGCACUGAUUGCUACCCAGCUGAAACAAAUCAGCUGAUUGUCCUGGUGAGAGAGCAUAAAGGAGGGGGAGUCAGUAACAGAGUUUUUAAUUAUGUUACCCAGAAGAUUGUGAACUGGAGUUUUGAUUCACACACCUGUUUUGUUUAGUUUAACUCCUGCCUCAAAGCAAUAAGUUGACUUUUAAAGAAGACUGAGUUUAAGUUGGAAAGCAACAUUAGUCUUGCAUUUCCUGCACCCACACCCCCAAAACUCCAGGAGAAAACUCCUGACCUCUCAAGACAUCACACUCUGUAAAAAUGCAGCCAAACACCUAGACUUUCCUGCGUAAGGCUUCUGUCCAUUUAUAAACCUGUAAAUGAGCAAAUUCAUAUCCCGACUGCUUCUAUUUUUGUGUUCAUUAGACAGUUACUUUCUAGUUUGGACUGCUGUAUAGUCUUGACAAUAUCCAAAGGAUUCAAAGGGAUUUAGUGUGGCCCAGUAACAUCUCAGCACCUGAUCAGUCUGUCCAAAAGGGUUCUGUGGAUUCAGGGUUCACCUGGGUUCUGUGAGGGAAGCUGCAUCUCUGGGUUAAGUGUCGGGGAUUAAAGCGAUCUGGUGCCAAGGCACUCAUACUAUGCCAUCAAGAAAACUGUGUACCAUACUUAAGAAAAAGUUGGACUUUAUCUCAUUCAGUUUCUAGCUCCAGUCAGGUGAGAUCUAUAUAUUUUGUACAUAAUGUAAUUUUGAUAUUCCUUUUGUCAUUGUGUUUCAAGCACACUGUUGUCUUAAAUGGGCACAUCUUUUGAUUUCAAUGAACACGACUGCCCUGCUUAAUGGUGCAAUUUGUUGCACAUGCCCGGCCAAUAACAUUACAACAUGCAUGACAUAGAUGAAGUUGUUCUCUUGUAUUGUUUAUUAUUAUAAAUAUAUGAACAUUCAAAAGCCAGCUCUCAACCAACCUUUCAACAUACUGUGACCCUUGUCUAUUUACUGGAAUUAAACCUGUACAGUAUAAAUAUGUUUGGAUUCAUAAUAAACAUUUAU